AUGGCCGAGUCAAAUGUUAGAAGGAUUGCCUUGAGCAAAGUCAUUGAGCAGCUCACCCGAUAUGAGCAACUGGCAUGGGGGUUGCUGGCUGCUGAUAAAGCAAGCGCCGAUACAGGCCGCAAAUCGAAGCCUUUCGACUUUCAAGAUGGCGCUCUUUCAACCACCCUGACGGAGACUCAUUUGGUCAAACUCUCAGUCCUCUCGGGCAAGGGCGGUGUCGGAAAGUCAUCCGUGACUACCCAGCUCGCAUUGUCACUCUCAUUAGCUGGCCACUCGGUCGGUGUUCUUGAUGUUGACCUCACGGGGCCAUCGAUACCGCGCAUGUUUGCCAUCGAGGAUGCCAAAGUGACACAGGCACCCGGGGGCUGGCUACCCAUCACUGUCCAUGAAGCCGAUCCAACUUCUGGACUUGGUUCGCUUCGGGUCAUGAGUCUGGGGUUUUUACUCCCUGGGCGAGGCGAUGCUGUGGUAUGGCGCGGGCCGAAAAAGACAGCCAUGGUGCGCCAGUUCUUGUCAGAUGUCUUCUGGGAGGAGCUCGACUACCUUCUCAUCGAUACACCACCUGGCACGAGUGAUGAGCACAUCUCUCUUGCCGAGACACUGCUUCAAAAGGCACGGCCAGAUCAGGUCGCCGGGGCGGUAAUUGUGACAACCCCUCAGGCAGUGGCUACUGCCGACGUGAGGAAAGAACUCAACUUCUGCACCAAGACGGGGAUCCGCAUAUUGGGCGUUGUCGAGAACAUGUGCGGCUUUGUUUGCCCGAAUUGCAGCGAGUGCACCAACAUUUUUGGCAGCGGAGGAGGUGAAGUCAUGGCUGAUGACUUCAAUGUCAAGUUCUUGGGGCGUGUUCCCAUCGACCAGCAGUUUAUUGUCUUGGUCGAGACGGGAAAGAGGCCGCGAUAUCCAGAGGGAACAGUUAUUAAUGGGCAAGAUAUCUCGGCAGCUGCCAAGGAGGCGGAGGCUGAGGAGGCUAAGAGAGAUACCGCGCAACUGGUACUAAAGUACAAGGACUGCUCGUUGGCACCGAUAUUCAAGACGAUUACUGCUGAUGUUGUUUCGGCACUUGAGCAGGGGGGCGUGUGA